GGAGGGCGGUGGUUGUAGGUGGUUAAUGGUAGUUAUUACUUUAGGCUCUCUAGUCUUUGGUCCAAGGACCCUCGCAUAUAUAUUGAACCCAAUUCAAUUCCGUACGUGCCCAUUCACUUCUCAAGUUUCAGACUUUCCUUUUUUCGCUCUCCGUGUUUGGUUUGGGUCAGCAGUUCUCGCUCUUGGCCGUCUCCUCCAUUGACCUAAACGAAGGUCAGACGAACUCAUUUCACAAAGUGAAUAAGUCGACCCUCUUCAUAUUCCAACAAUCCAGGAAUUCACUUAAUAUCUAUCAAAUCCUUCUUUGGAUAAGGGUGAAUCUCUCAACUUUCCUGUGGAGCAGUAAGUUUGUUCGGCAACUGCCCCUCGGCUCUUAUAUGUUGUUUGAUGGACUACUUGAAAGAAGUGGAAGGCAAGCGAGUUCAUGAUCCCCUGGGGCGGAAGAUGAGCAAAUCAGAGAGGCGCAUUUUGGUGCCAGGACCGGUCAUCGUUGGUGCGGGGCCAUCGGGCCUAGCAGUGGCUGCAUGUCUAAAAGAAAGAGGUAUUUCCAGUUUGAUACUAGAAAGGGAAAAUUGCAUAGCUUCCUUGUGGAAUCUCAAGACUUAUGAUAGACUUCACCUUCAUCUUCCCAAGGAACACUGCGAGCUCCCUCUCAUGCCUUUUCCUCCUGACUUCCCCAGAUAUCCAACCAAACACCAGUUCCUGAACUACUUGGAGGCUUAUGCCAAGCGCUUUGAUAUAAGACCCUUUUUCAACAAGACGGUGGUGAGCGCGGAAUUCGAUCCUAGGAGCAGGCUUUGGCAGGUUAAGACUCGGGGAUUCAAAAAGGAGGAGGAAAUCGUGUACCAGUGCCAAUGGCUCAUAGUCGCAACCGGCGAGAAUGCAGAGGAGGUUGUGCCGGAGAUUCAAGGGAUGAAUGAGUUUGCUGGGCCUAUAAUCCACACAAGCUCAUACAAGAGCGGGGAUUCAUACCGGGGGAAGAGAGUGUUGGUAGUUGGAUGCGGAAACUCGGGCAUGGAGGUCUGUUUGGAUCUCUGCAAUCAUAAUGCUUUCCCAUCCCUCGCGGUUAGAGAUUCAGUGCACGUCUUGCCUCAAGAGAUGCUAGGGAGAUCAACUUUUGGAUUGUCCAUGUGGUUGGUAAAGUGGUUUCCAGUACGCCUUGUGGAUCAAUUUUUACUUCUAGUAUCUCGAAUGAUGCUCGGGGACACUGCUCGAUUAGGACUCAAUCGCCCAAAGCUUGGCCCACUUCAACUCAAGAGCUUGUCCGGCAAGACACCUGUGCUGGAUGUUGGGACACUUGCAAAGAUCAAAACUGGGAAUAUCAAGGUUUGCCGUGGAAUAAAGCAGCUAUCAUGUCAUACUGCAGAGUUUGUUGAUGGGAGAGUGGAGAAUUUUGAUGCCAUUAUUCUAGCUACAGGUUACAAAAGUAAUGUGACAUCUUGGUUGAAGGAAGGCAAUAUGUUCUCAGAGAAAGAUGGGUUGCCCAGAAAGCCAUUCCCAAAUGGAUGGAAAGGUGAGUGUGGACUAUAUGCAGUGGGCUUUACUAAACGUGGCCUGCUUGGUGCUUCUUUAGAUGCAAGAAGGAUUGCAGAAGAAUUAAGCGUGCACAGUUCAUGGCCUUUCCAGCACGUCCGCCACGACAAUCAUGAUCUGUGAGGGAUGCAAUUGAAGAUUUAUGAAGUUAAUGGACUUUAAUGGUGACUUUUUGAGUUGGUAGCUGCACCAAGGAAGUAUAUAUAAUUUCCCCCUCUUCAGUGUAAGGGAUGAAAUGAAAGGGAAAAAAAAAAAAAAACAAGAAAGAGUAGGACAUGUGAUUCCUAACUUUCAGAUGUAAGGUGGGGGAAGAGAGCUUUUGUUUUGUUUCCCCUUUUUAAAUUUUUUGGUUUUUAUUUCCCUUCUUAUAUUUUUUGGGGUUAGGGGUGUUCAACUGUGUAUAUCUUGUACAUUGCCAUUUUUCUCUAGCGAGGUAAAUCUUUAAGACAGAGAUUCCUUAGGGUUCCUGUAGAUGUUUGAAAGUAGUGAGGGUGGGGGUGGUGUUGACAAACUAUAUUUCCAAACUGAUGUAAAAUGAUCAGAAUCAUAUGUGAAUUCCCAUCAAUACGGCCCUGUA